GCGUACCCCCAACCUCCAAAAGUAUCUGCGUAUCACCAUUUUGGGCAUGUAGACAUUUUAAAACUACGACAUAAGCGUAAUAUUUUAGUUUAGUAAUUUGCUUUUGUAUUUAAUUUCAAACAAAAGACCAAUACAUAAUGUAGAAUACUCAAGUAGAAAAAAAAAACAUUCUUCUGUCAGAUUAUUACAUCAACGUAUACCAUUGAAAGUGUCUUUAGAAAAAGCAUGUUAUUAUAUGUGCACCGAUUGGUUAAAAAACAUGUAAUUCCAAGAAUGUCGAUCAAUUGUUUACAACUGAAAAUACAGAGGAUAAUUUGCAACCAACCAAGGUUGAAAUUUGAUACUUUUAUCAUGAUAUGUGAUUGAAUGUUACUUGCUUGAAUUACCUGAUGAUGAAAAUGGAUUUACAGCACAAAAGCGACAUCUAUAAAAACGGAACAUAUUGAGCGCAUUCAAUUACCAAAAUCCAAAAGCCAAUCGAAUUGAAUAAGUAGCCAGCUGCCCACGACACAUAAACACCAUUAAAAUACACAGCUCAUAGUCUGAUAGCUACUUCCUGAGCUUCAUUUUGUUGGGUGAGACAAAGAAAAAACGUAAAGUUGAAGUCGGCGGAGAUGUUGCUUGGUAUCGUUCUUCUAGGAUUGUUUUUUCUACUACCCAACACGACAGCUCAAGAUGGCGACUCUACGCACAGACAAGCGCAAGCACAAGGAGUAAAUCUCGAAACCUGUGGUCGCGCGGAAGUGCCCGCGACACGCGUAAUCAGCGGAUCAGAAGCAUUGCUCGGCGAGUGGCCAUGGCAGGCCUGGUUACACCUCCAGCACACAGGAUUCAUAUGCGGGGGGUCCCUGGUGGCCCCUGGAUGGGUACUAACCGCUGCCCACUGUAUUCUAAGCGACGACGCGUCCAAGUACAAAGUCGUCCUUGGCGACGUGGAUCGCAAGAAAAUUGAGGGUUCUGAACAGAUGAUUGACGUUGCCAUGGUGAUCAAGCACUAUACUUACGGUAACCCUGUGCCUAAUACUAAUGAUGUGACGUUAUUGAAGCUGAGGGAUUACCCGACAAAGACAGAUUUUGUGAACACCGUCUGUCUACCGCAGUACAUGGACCACGUAGAAAUAGGAAAGGACUGCUUCAUAACUGGGUGGGGGCGAUCUUACUACCCAGGCCCCACGGCCAACAAGCUCCAGCAAGCUGACCUGCGAGUGGUUUCCAACCGCGCAUGCUCAGAACGCCACAUGGGAUCAAAGAACAUGAGGCUCGAAAACGGCACAUGGCGAGUAACCGAAACCAUGCUGUGCGCGGGGGAUGCCGGGAAGACAGGCAAAAACGGCUGCAACGGGGACAGUGGUGGCCCAUUCGUGUGUCGGAACACCGCUGGCCAGUGGGUACUGCAGGGUGUGGUGAGCUGGGGUGAUCCGGAGUGUUCGUCUGCCAAUCACUUCAGCGUGUUCGCGCGCGUCAGCGUGUUACGUCAUUGGAUUGAUAAGGUUAUUGCACGAAAUUCGUCAUAGAAGAAAAUGUUUAUCUCGUAUGUAGUCCAGAAACUUUACAAAGAAAGGCCCUAAUCUAAUAACUUCAUAAAUAACUUUUUAGAUCAUUGGUAAUGUAUUGAUCUUAGUGCUUGUUUUGCCUCUGUCGUGAAUCAAAAGUGUAACAUAAAGCAAUAUUAAACGUUGUUUAAUCAUU